AUUCUGCUAUCGGUUGAAAUUGAAGGCAAAGCGAAGAUUGUCAAAUGGUACAGAGGCACGGAUCAGGUGAAUUCGUCUAGCACUACGAAGAUCGAACAAGUUUCUGACGCUGAGUAUAAACUCACUGUUGAAAAUUGUGAAUUGACUGAUGCUGGCGCUUAUCGCGUCGUUCUUUCCACUGAAAGUGAAUCUGUUGAAUCCAGCUGUACGGUAACUGUCAAGGAGAAAGAAGUUAAGGUGUCCCUACCGUCCUUUAAGAAGGGACUCAACGAUCAGGCCGUUCCUAAGGGACAAACACUCAUCCUCGACGUUGAGGUGGAAGGACAGCCGAAGAAGGUCAAAUGGUAUAGAAAUGGUGAAGAGUUGAAGGAUGUGAACACUGAAGAUUCUGGUGAUGGAAAAUAUCGUCUCGUUGUCAAUGAUUUCAAUGAGGCUGAUGUUGGUGAAUACAGUGUUAGAGUGGCUAAUGAUGUUGGUGAAGUUGAAAGCAAGGCCAAAAUCACCCUCGAACCAACAGAUGUUGGUAAAGGUAAACCAGAAAUCGUAUCUGGUCUUAUUCCAACUACUGUUAAACAAGGGGAGACAGCUACGUUCACCGUGAAGGUUAAAGGACCAGUGAAAUCUGUGAAAUGGUACAAAAAUGGAAAAGAGGUGCCAGAUGCGAAGACGAAGGAUAAUGGAGAUGGAUCUUAUGAACUUAGCGUACCAAAUGCACAGAAGGAGGAUGCUGCUGAUUACAAGGUGGUUGUCUCGAAUGAUGUUGGAGACGCUGAAUCUUCGGCUGCACUCACUGUCAAAGUACCACAAAUUGAGUUUGUUAAAGGACUUGCUGACACUACCGUACCCCAGAAACAAACAGGCACACUUGAGAUUGAAACUAACAAACCACCCAAGCAGGUGAAAUGGUACAAGAAUGGCAAGGAGAUUAUGCCAUCUGAUAAAGCUGAGCCGAAGAAGGUUGACGAGAACAAAUAUCAGCUUGUCAUUCCAGAUGCUGGCAAGGAUGACACAGCUGACUAUAAGGUUGUCAUUACCGAUGAAGAUGGCAAUGAAGCUGAUUCAUCCUGUGCAUUGACAGUGAAACUGCCUGGUGCAAUUGAAAUCGUUAAAGGGCUUGAGGACACCUCAGUGCCUAAAGGACAAAAGGCUGUGUUGGCGAUUGAGACAAGCAAACCACCCAAA